CAGGAGGAUGACACCCCUUUCAAGCCUGAUGGGUGCCCACGGGCACUGUCCUGGCAAGAACGUGGGAUGAAAGAUCAGGGCGGCCUCACUGAUGACCUAGGAAAGCAAUCUGCCGUAGGCACGCCAGGAACAUUGCUUGGGAAAGGAAGCGCAAUAAAAGGCCCUGGAGAUACUCAGUCUUUACUGCUGCCAGCCUGGCUGCUGAGUCAUAAUCCCCAGCGGACAGGCCCCGCAGCAGAGGCUCCGGGGUCCCGCGGCUCUUCGGAGCCACCACUUGUAUUAAGAGCCCCCCGGGGCUUCCCCACCCCCACCCCCAAGAGUGGAAUUGAAGCCAUUGGCAUUAAGCCCAGGGGCCUGGGGCACUGCCGGGCUACACUGACUUCCCCGCUUCUUAACCCAACCUCCUUCAGCAAUUUCAUUAAAGAAUCUCUGCAGCCCUCUGCCACAUCACCUCUGCUUCCUCUCGGAAAGACUCUCCCCUGCCGGUGUCUGCAGCAUUGCACCACUGCCGCUUCCAGGUCAAGUUGGCAGAAACUGUUAGCACCCCUGGAAGUCUCUGGCGAACUCAACUGGCGGCUUGGGCACACGUUAGGAUUCCAGAGUUGUUUUUGCCCCUGGUCACGCACUUUGGACUCCAUCGGCCUCUCGCCUGCGGCUCACCACCUCAUCCCAGAAUCUGACGUCGGGAAGCUUUGGUCGUGGAGUGACAUUGUUCUGAGACGCCUACUCUGAAACCUCCCACUGAUCAUGGCUUUCCCCAGGCCGUGUUCGGCAGGCCCCAGGCCUCUAAGCCCCAAGCCCAGCUCAGGUCAGGGCUCCAGGCCGACAAUGGGCAGGUGAGGCCUCUCUGAGUGGGGAACUCCUGCUCACUACAUUUUGGGCCUCACCAGCCCCAGAGCGGACCCCCUCGGCUGCCCACGUUCUUACCUGAAGAGGAGCCGCGAGGCUCAGACACGCCAGGCUCGGCCCCCUUGGAGGCAGGAAGGUGGGCAUUGGACAGGCACGAGAGGUAGCCGUUCCUGGCAUGUCCAGUCAUCUGGAGAGAGAAGGGAUGGUCUUCCGGCCUGGAAGGAAACAUGAAAACAGCAAUAAAUACAGAUAGGAGGAGACAGUUGGCGACUGAUGACCAAGUAGCAUCCAAUACAAAUACAGGAAGUGGAAACACCUGAAAUGCUUUUGCUAAAUGAU